UCCAAAGCUAUAAAACCUCGGUUAAACCUUGCAUCGGUGAAGGGUUGCUCUUCUUCCUCAUCCUCUUCCUCUGUGAAUAGGGUUUCUGCUUUCUUUAACAAUUUCAGAAGGCUUUCGAAUCGAUUCGAUUGGGUCUCUCAAAGAUUUGAUUUCACAGUUUGCGAAGAUGCCUCGUCCCAAAAGAAAAGCGGCCCCACCAAUCACUUCCUCUGAUGUUGAUUCUUCUCUUCGCACCGAACCAAAGAAAUCAACCACGAAGCAAUUUGAUCGAAUAGAUAAACUAUUUGAGUCAUAUGCAAAUAAGUCAUUGGGUUUGAUUGACCCAGACGGGAUUGAAGCACUUUGUAAAGAUGUGCAUGUGGACCAUACAGAUGUUAGAAUGCUCAUACUUGCUUGGAAAUUGAAAGCUGAAAAACAAGGUUAUUUUUCCAAGGAUGAGUGGCAAAAAGGGCUCAAAUGUUUAGGGGCUGACACUCUCCCAAAAUUAAGAAAGGCUAUUAAUGGACUGAAGAAAGAGGUGACAGUACCAGAGUGCUUUGAGGAUUUUUAUUCUUAUGCAUUUCAAUACUGUUUAACAGAAGAAAAGAAAAGGAGUGUAGAUAUUGAGACCAUCUGUGAGCUGUUGAAUGUCGUUCUUAGAUCUGAAUUUCCUACUCAAGUCAACUUAUUAACUGAGUAUCUAAAGAUCCAAAACGACUACAGGGCACUAAACAUAGAUCACUGGAGAAAUUUUUAUCGGUUUUUUAAGGAGGUAAGCCUUACUGAUCUUCGAAGUUAUGAUUCUAGUCAGGCAUGGCCAGUGAUCCUCGACAAUUUUGUUGACUGGUUAAAAGAAAAAGAAGAGAAAAUAUAGUUCUCACAUUUCUCAAGUUUAAGUUCAAUUUUAAUCUGCCAACUCCGAAUGAGAAAACUGUUUGAAGCGGAUAUACAAUUGUAUAUUGCUGAUCCGAGUAAUCAUUCGCAGUUUUUUUUGCAGAAAAUUGUUAUGAUUAAAUCACAUGUAACAACAACUUCAUACAGUUUCAACUGUCAGCUAUAUUCCUUUCUCCUGUCCUGGAGAUAUUGUUUUAAGCUAUUCUUUAUUCUUACUGCUCGUUU